CAACCUCCCCAUCUCCCUCUAUCCAUCCUCAUCUCUCCAUCAUCUUAUUUAGAUCGCCGUAUCUCUGUUCCAGUCUUUAAUCACCGCGGUUUUUUUGUUUUGUCGAGUUUCCCACAUUUUUACCGCCCACCAUGAAAGGCAUCUUCGGCCUUUCGCUCCUCCCGCUGCUCGCUGCAGCAUCGCCCGUUGUUGUCGACUCCAUCCACAACGGAGCUGCUCCUGUCCUUUCCUCCACAAAUGCGAAAGAAAUCCCAGACUCUUACAUUGUCGUCUUUAAGAAGCAUGUAGGUUCCGAUGCGGCCUCUGCUCACCACAGCUGGGUGCAGGACAUCCAUGGGCAGCAGCUUGGACGGUCGGACCUAAAGAAGCGAUUCCUCGGCUUGGAAUUCGGAUUUGGCGAAGAGAUCUUUGAUGGCCUAAAAGAUACUUUCAACAUUGCAGGAUCCCUGAUGGGUUACAGUGGACACUUCCAUGAGGAUACCAUCGAAGAGAUCCGCAACCACCCCGAUGUUGAAUAUAUUGAGCGAAACGCAGAGGUUCAUACUAUGGAAGAUUCGUCCGUCGAAAAGAACGCCCCUUGGGGUUUGGCCCGUAUUUCCCACCGGGACAGACUCAGUUUCGGUACAUUCAACAAGUACCUCUACGCUUCCGAAGGAGGCGAGGGCGUUGAUGUCUACACGAUUGAUACCGGUAUCAACGUUGAUCACGCAGACUUUGGAGGCCGUGCUCACUGGGGCAAGACUAUCCCCACCAAUGAUGAGGAUAUUGAUGGCAACGGGCACGGAACCCACUGCUCAGGUACUAUUGCCGGAGAGAAGUACGGUGUCUCUAAGAAGGCAAACAUCUAUGCCGUCAAGGUUUUGAGAUCGAGCGGUUCUGGUACCAUGGCCGACGUCGUUCAGGGUGUUGAGUGGGCUGUUGAAGCUCAUCUCAAGAAGGCCAAGAAGGGCGGCAAGGGCUUCAAGGGUAGCGUUGCCAAUAUGAGUCUUGGCGGCGGUAAGUCGAAGACCCUCGAGGAUGCUGUCAAUGCUGGUGUUGAGGCUGGUCUCCACUUUGCUGUUGCGGCUGGUAAUGACAACGCCGAUGCUUGUGGCUACUCUCCCGCCGCCGCUGAGAAAGCCGUUACUGUUGGAGCCUCAACUCUCGCUGAUGAGCGCGCUUACUUCUCCAACUACGGCAAGUGCACGGAUAUCUUCGCUCCUGGUCUCAACAUCCUCUCUACCUGGAUUGGUAGCAAGCAUGCCGUCAACACCAUCUCUGGAACUUCCAUGGCCUCUCCUCACAUUGCUGGUCUCCUGGCCUACUUUGUUUCCCUCCAGCCAUCAAAGGACUCUGCUUUCGCUGUUGACUUCACCCCCGAGAAGCUCAAGAAGGACAUUAUCUCUAUUGCCACCGAAAACGUCCUGACUGAUAUUCCUUCUGAUACACCCAACCUCCUCGCCUGGAACGGUGGUGGCUCCACUAACUACAGUGAGAUCGUCGCCGAGGGUGGUUACAAGAGCGGCUCUGUGGCUGCUGGCUCCACCACAUUCAAAGCCGGUGGUAUCCUUGCCCAGGCCAUGUAAAUCUUCUUGGAGUGAAUUUGCAUCCAGAAUUGGUUGAUGUUUUCGCGUGUCACCUGGCUUAAAUCUUUUCCGUUGUUUGUGUAACCGUCACUCAGGUAGUGAGUGUUAUCUUUGGUCACUUGAUACUACAUCGCACAGCUCUCAUAGUUUGAUUUAAACAAAUGAAACUGGAUGAAACCUCAUCUAAAUAGUGCUGUCAUCGCAAGCCUAAUGUAGUCCCGAGAUAGCAGGAAACCCCCG